GUCAGUCGUCCUCGUGGAAUUCGCCCUGUUCGGUCGUUCGCUGCCACCCUCUCGUUUGAUUGUGGCAAGACCGAAUACCGCGCGAGUAACUUAGACUAGUACUCGGUGCUGAAGAAUAACUUAAGUGCGAUUCCAAUAGCCUAUUAACUCUAAAUUUGUGAGCCCAAACUAGUUCUGUAUAAUUUUAAUGUGUUGAUUGUAUUUUUCAAUUACUAUAUUUUAAACCGCUGAUUUGUGGGCGUACAAUAUUUUCCACCGGUAAACAGCGUAACUCAACAAACCCGAUGUAAUCAUAGGAUGACAUCGCGAUUUUAACAACACAAAAACCCCAAAUUUUAAAAAAAUUGGUGAUUUUUAUUUUUCUGCGUUUAUCACUACAUCAAAAUUUUAAAAAUCAACAAUCAUUAGCGGUUUCAGCAGCGCAGUCAUGUACCUGCUGUUUCCAAAUUUACUGCUUUGGAUGUACGUGGUGUUGACUUGGGCUGAGCCACCGUACAUAAAUCCAUAUAAAGAUAUGGAUCCUCAAGAAAUGUAUCCAUCUAUGGAUCCGAACAAGAUACCAAAGUUCAUGACAAAACCUAACACAUUUCGAGUUGUAACCAAAGACACUAUUGUAUUACCAUGUGAAGUAUAUAAUCCAGGAAACUAUGUAUUGGCUUGGAAAAAAGGGCAUGCAAUAUUAACAGCUGGUACUACUAAGGUAACACCCGAAGAACGUUUUCGAAUAGUUGAAGGGUACAAUCUUGAAAUCCGUAACGUACACAUAAGUGAUGCUGGCAAUUAUAUUUGCCAGAUAGGCACUUUAGAACCUUUAGAGUUAAAACACUCUCUACAAAUUCUAAUCCCGCCAAGAAUGAUUGGAGUAACUUUAAAUGGAAAAGUAAGCGCUAAGAAAGGGUCACAUGUAGCUCUACAGUGUAAUUCAACUGGAAAUCCAAUACCAACAAUAACGUGGUCCAGAAAAAACAAUAUGUUACCGAGUGGUGAAAAAACUUUUACUGGUGAUACUUACACCAUCAAAUCUGUUCGUCGACAUGACGAUGGGAUUUAUAUAUGUUCAGCAUCCAAUAACAUAGGCGAUGCUGUCACUGAACAGAUAGACCUAAAUAUAUUAUAUCCUCCAGAAGUAGAAGAAGAACAAUCUGUUGUAUUUACAGUGGAAGGGCGUGAAACAGAAAUCGUGUGCAUUGUUCACGCUGAGCCUCCUGCAGAAGUCUUAUGGUACCGUGAUACGUUGCAACUGGAUACAACUGAAUGGCGAAUUAUGGAAGUCAGAGGAAAUCGAUACACUUUGCGUCUAAGAAAAGCACAGAAAAUUGACUUUGGCAAUUAUUCUUGUGUAGCUGAUAAUGGAUUAGGAAAGAGCAGACAAUUCAUAGAACUAACAGGAAAACCAAAAGCUGCCACAUUCACCAGUGACGAAAGAAGUCGAUCUAAAGAUUCUUACAAUAUAUCUUGGAUGGUCAAAAGCUACAGUCCUAUCCAAGAGUAUAAGUUAUUGUAUAGACCAAUAAAAAAUAAUAGCAAAAGUCAACAGGAAACGCAAUAUAAACGUCCUAUGAGAAGACGCACAGAUGACUGGACAGAAAUUUCAGUCACUCCUCAGCGUACUGACAUCGUCGAUCAAGCAAUGUCUCAAGUAAUCACCUCAUUGGAGCCAGGUACCAGUUAUGAGGCUACAGUACAGUCCAGAAACCGUUACGGCUGGAGCGAAAUCUCUCGUCCAUUCACUUUUACCACCCUUAUGAAGAACGAUGCUACUACAUUUAACGGAAACUCGGUUUACAUAGAUCCAGAAUUGAGAGAUAUGAGCGUCACAACUGCUAUAAACAACGCCCCAAAGACAAUUCAAACAGUACUACUCUGCGUCAUGAUCACGGCCAUUAUUUACUUAGCUUAAAUUUAAAUUUUGAAAUCACCCAACCCUUGCUAUAUAGUUAAACAAAUCUUAUAAUGUGAAAAUACAAGUGAAGAAAAAAGAACAGAAACCAACACAAAUGAUACAUUUCAACUAUCAACUUAUACGAAAUAUAAUUACUCUAUUAUCUGUUUUAUACAACAUUUUUUCUUUGGUCGGUCUUAUUCUAAUUUAAAUUAUAAAUAAUAACAUUGAUCAUUUACUUUAGGGUGCUAAAUUAAAAUUGUAUUGUUAUUAAAAUAAAAAGCUUUAAUUAUAAAAUAUUAUAUACUUAAGUAGACCCUAAAAAAUCAUGAUUUUCUAAAAUGACAUAACACAUUUAAUAGGAAGGAAAGUGACACUAAUAUUAAGAUGCCAAACACAGCUGUAUUCGACAUUUCUGUGAUUUUCAUGAAUUAAAAAAUAAGAAUUGAAAACAUGAAAACAAAAUAUUAGUAUAACUCAAUAAUUCUAACAAUAUUAUAACUCUACUAACGUCAGGAAAAUACUUCGAACCUAUUCGUUGUAAAGUAGACAAAAAAAAAAUCUGUAGUAAUCAAUAUCUUAUAGAUUAGCUUAUUGGCCUUAGUUACCGCCUAAAUACUGCAUAAUUUAUUAAUAUUGUAUAAAUAUAUUAUAAUGUACUUGUAGAUAACUUAUUUAUAUAAAUAAUAACUAUAGUAAGUAAAGUGUUUGAAUUAAUUUUAUUUUUGAUAGCUGACUUUCCUUUACCAUCGGAUACCUAUUAAAAAUUAUAAAAACGAAUUGAAUAACUCCAAAUCUUUUAGUUUUUGUACAUACUUGUUUUUUAAGGUAAUUUUUAUUUUAAUAAAUUUAAAAUAUUUCAUUUUUGUAUAGACUUCAUUCGAAAAUCUUUUAAAAAAUAAUCAAUAAAAUGUAUAAUACUUAUGUAACUAGAAACCUCUAAAUCUUAAAUUAUUAUUUAAAGGUCAAACGUAAAAUGUAAAAACCAUUAUUUCAUAUUUUAAUUUAUGGUAUACAUAAAAUGAAAAUAUAAUUAUAAUUAUAAGUUCACGUUUUUUAGUUUCGAAAUAUGUUCCGAUUUCAAUUUUUUCUUUAAUAAUAGAUUGACGAAAUGUUCUCGCUUUAAAAUGUAAUAAUUAAAUUACAUUACAGGGCAGAGAGAUAUGAGGCUGUCUAAAUUAAAUCAAAUAUAAUACUAAUAAAAAAAUUUAUCCUAGUCAUAAAAUUUAGAUAGUUUUAGAGAAAAUGUUUACAGUUUACAGAUUACAUGAAAUCAGGGCCUUCAUUUGGAGUAACACAGAUAUUUUUUUAUUGGUUCUCAGCAGUUAAAUACUUUUCUCAAUUAUAUUAUAAUUGUUUAUAAAAUUAAAACUGUUAUCAACUAAAAUUUUAAUUAAUAAGUAGUUCAUUUUAAAAUUUGCAUAACUCAAAAAAAUAAAAAUUCUCAGUGUAAAACAUAUAUUCAUUAUAAAUAUAAACAGUAUAAAUUAAGUAUGUAAAUAUAAAAUUAUUAAUGAUUUUUUAUAACAAAUUCUUUAUUUUUAAGUAAACUUUAUUGUUAAAUAAAUUACAAUCAAAAUAGAUUUAGAAAGGGUAAUUAAAUUUAAAUUACUUUAUUAAUAUUUUUAAAUCUAUAAUUUUUUUUUACAAAAUACAAUUUAAAUCAUAUAAUUAAACUUUAAAGUGAAAAAUAAACGUCUAAAAUCAGCAUUUUAAAUUUCAAUAGGAUAUAUUUUAAGUUACUACACGAUAAAUAAAGAUUAAGUUAACUUAAUUUGACUCUUAAAUACACAUUUGUAAUAUUUUACAUAAUGUACUUUAACUAUUUAUGUUAUUAUAUUAAUGUUUUAAAACAAUGGUGCUAAUAAGAAUGGGUUGUUAUGAAAUUUCAAACUGACAAAAAUAUCUGGCACCUAUAAUUUAAUCGCGGUUUUUAAACAUACACAAUCUUACUGUAAGUAUGAGUAUCGUAAUACAAAUAGUUACAGAAGAUAUAUUUUUUUAAUUUUGUUAUCCAUAAAAAAAAUUCUUAGAUUGUAUCAAUCCAUUAAAAUUCAUGGCUGAAUAAAAAUUGUUUUUUUUUUGUUGAGCGUUAAAAUAAACUAUAACAUUAGCUUAUAAUUGAGUUUAACGUCAUUCAACAUAUAAACUUUAUUAAAUUUUCAUCUUUAAAGUUUUUAAUAUUAAAAUGUUGUACGGUUUUUUUGGCUAACAUUCAACAUUAAAAAAAAUUGAAACAUAAUUCACUACUAUAAGCAGUUUAAAAUUAUAUUAUUACAAUUUAAAAAAUUUUUUACGUUAUAAAAGUUUUAUGAUUAACAAUAAUAUAAAUUUAUUGGUGUCAAUUAUUUUUGAGUUUUCUUUUUCGUUUUAUAAGAAUGUCAUGACAACAUUUUACAUUUUAAGCUUAUAUCAUAACAUUUUCUGCGCUGUUAAAAACAUAACAUUUUUUUUUGUUUGAAAUAAUUAAAAACUGACGUAUAAUUAUUGCCACUAUUAAUGUAUAAACUAAAAACAUUAAAAAUUAUUUUUUGACCUUCAAGUGAAACAAUUUUUUAUAAUCAUUUGAUUAAUCAUCCUUUGCGAAAAAUAUAACUCCAGGAAUUUAUACGCAUCACAAUUUAUUAAAAGAGCGCUAAAAGAGAGGAAUGUAUAGUUUUUAUAUAUAGGGUUUUUAGUAAGUAAGGAAAGGAUUUCAUUGUUCUCAUUACUUGUAAUAAUGGACCUGAUUCCUUACCUAUUGAUAAUUCUGUAUAAAUAUGCUUUCUAAUAAUAAAAACAUUUAUUAUUUACUUUAGAGCCUAAAAAAUGGAUGAAUAGCCCUUUCUAAAAAGUAAAACUAUACAAUGAAAAACCAUUUUUUUUAUUUGAGCCAAAAGUUAAAGUUUAUAAAGUAAAUUUUAGUAAAUUUCUUAUGAAAGUUUGAAAUUUUUAUUUUAGUUAUUAUCAUAAUUUUUACUAUAAAAUCUAAUAAUUCUUUUAUUAUUUAUUGUAUAAUAUUAUUAUGCUAUUGACAAUUUUUAAAUAAAUGC